CUCAGCGGCGCUCGGUCGCGCGGGGCGGAGAAGAUGGCGCUGCCCGCGGCCGCCGCGCCCCCCGCCGGGGCCCGGGAGCCGCCGGAGCCGGAGCCGGAGCCCCAAGCCCCCGCCGCCCGGUCCCCGGGGCUGGCCCCGCCGUCGGCGCUGCGGCCCGAGCCGGGCGGGGUGCCGCUGCACUCGCCCUGGACCUUCUGGCUGGACAGGUCCCUCCCGGGUGCCACAGCCGCGGAGUGCGCCUCGAAUCUGAAGAAGAUCUACACGGUGCCGACGGUGCAGGUGUUCUGGAGUGUGUACAAUAACAUCCCCCCUGUGACCAGCCUGCCUUUGAGAUGUAGUUACCAUUUGAUGAGAGGAGAGAGGAGACCGCUUUGGGAAGAGGACAGUAAUGCCAAGGGCGGCGUCUGGAAGAUGAAAGUCCCCAAGGACAGCACGCCCACGGUUUGGAAAGAGCUGCUGUUGGCCACCAUCGGGGAACAGUUCACCGGCUGUGCAGCAGCAGAUGACGAGGUCAUAGGGGUCAGCGUCAGUGUGCGGGACCGGGAAGAUGUCGUCCAAGUAUGGAAUGUAGACGCCUCCUUAGUGGGCGAAGCGACCGUUUUAGAGAAGAUCCACGAACUUCUGCCGCACAUAUCUUUUAAGGCCGUCUUUUAUAAACCCCAUGAAGAGCAUCAUGCUUUUGAAGGUGGACGUGGAAAACACUAAUUGCACUCUAGAGAAUUCUUUGUCCUUUGCUGAUUGGUUUUGGAAACGGUCUUAACAGGAGGGAGAGUGAAGAGAAGACCUGCCGAAGCCCGAUGCUGGUCACUUUAGAGUGGGUUUCUGUCCUUGCAGAGUGGCAAUUAGGACUCACAGUGUCAAAGAGCAGCGGUGGGGUGGGGAGGGGGUGGUGGCUACCAGAUUACCUGCUUUUUUUU